UCGCGCGAGCGGGUGUCCGAGCGCCGGCCUCGCCGCCGCCAGAGCCCAGCCGCCGGCCGCGCCGCGCCGCCCCGCGCCGGUGCCGGAGCGGGAAGCCCAGGCUGCGCGCGUCCAGCCGCCGCACGGGGAGCGCCGGGGGGGACGGGGGCCGGCAGGCGGACAGCGGCUGAGGGGCGGCCGGGGAGCAUGCCCGCUCAGCGCCGCUGAAUGGCGCCUUCUCUGCGACCCCUCGCCCGCUGGCGGCCGCCAGGGAUGCUGCUCGGCGCGCUCCUGCUCCUGCUGCUCCUCGGCCGGGUUCCAGGAGUGUGGUGCUUUAGCGAACUGUUUUUUAUAAAAGAACCACAGGAUGUAACUGUCACAAGAAAGGACCCAGUCGUUUUAGAUUGCCAGGCUCACGGAGAAGUUCCUAUUAAGGUCACAUGGUUGAAAAAUGGAGCAAAAGUAUCUGAAAAUAAACGGAUCCAGGUUCUUUUUAACGGCUCUUUAUACAUCAGUGAGAUGGAAGGCAGGCGAGGAGAGCAAUCUGAUGAAGGAUUUUAUCAGUGCUUGGCAGUGAACAAAUAUGGAGCCAUUCUUAGUCAAAAAGCUCAUCUUACCUUAUCAACUAUUUCUGCAUUUGAAGUUCAGCCAGUUUCCAUUGAGGUCCACGAAGGUGGAGUCGCUAGAUUUGCAUGCAAGAUUUCGUCAAACCCUCCUGCAGUCAUAACGUGGGAAUUCAAUCGGACAACUCUGCCUAUAACGAUGGACAGGAUAACUGCCCUACCAGCAGGAGUAUUGCAGAUCUAUGAUGUUGGCCAGAGGGAUGCUGGGAAUUAUCGUUGUGUUGCUGCUACUGUAGCCCACCGACGUAAAAGUAUGGAGGCCUCUUUAACUGUGAUUCCAGCUAAGGAGUCUAAAUCCUUCCACACUCCAGCCAUUAUAGCAGGUCCACAGAACAUAACAACGUCUAUUCAUCAAACCGUUGUUUUGGAAUGCAUGGCCACAGGAAAUCCGAAACCAAUCAUUUCUUGGAGCCGUCUUGAUCACAAAUCCAUUGAUGUCUUUAAUACUCGGGUACUUGGAAAUGGUAAUCUCAUGGUAUCUGAUGUCAGACUGCAACAUGCUGGAGUAUAUGUUUGUCGGGCCACUACUCCUGGCACACGCAACUUUACAGUUGCCAUGGCAACUUUAACUGUAUUAGCUCCUCCUUCCUUUGUUGAAUGGCCAGAAAGUUUAACGAGGCCUCGAGCUGGCACUGCUCGAUUUGUGUGUCAGGCAGAAGGAAUCCCCUCACCCAAAAUGUCAUGGUUGAAAAAUGGAAGGAAGAUACAUUCAAAUGGUAGAAUUAAAAUGUACAACAGUAAAUUGGUAAUUAACCAGAUUAUUCCUGAAGAUGAUGCUAUUUAUCAGUGCAUGGCUGAGAAUAGCCAAGGAUCUAUUUUAUCUAGAGCCAGACUGACCGUAGUAAUGUCAGAAGACAGACCCAGUGCUCCCUAUAACGUACAUGCUGAAACCAUGUCAAGUUCAGCCAUCCUUUUAGCUUGGGAGAGGCCACUUUAUAAUUCGGACAAAGUCAUCGCUUAUUCUGUGCACUACAUGAAAGCAGAAGGUUUAAAUAAUGAGGAGUACCAAGUGGUCAUCGGAAAUGACACAACUCAUAUAUUAUUGACGACUUGGAACCUGCCAGCAAUUACACUUUCUACAUUGUGGCAUAUAUGCCAAUGGAGCCAGCCAGAUGUCGACCAUGUGACACAGAAUACGCUUGAGGAUGGUAGAAAACACGAUUCUAAUAUCUCAUGA